AUGUCUUUAGUUAUCACUGAACAAGGUUCUUUCCAACACAUUUUACGUCUGUUGAACACCAAUGUUGAUGGUAACAUCAAGAUUGUUUACGCUUUGACCACCAUCAAGGGUGUUGGUCGUCGUUACGCCAAUUUAGUUUGUAAGAAAGCUGAUGUUAAUUUACAAAAGAGAGCUGGUGAAUUGACUCAAGAAGAAUUGGAAAGAAUUGUUCAAAUCAUGCAAAACCCAACCAACUAUAAGAUUCCAGCUUGGUUUUUGAACAGACAAAAGGAUAUCAAUGAUGGUAAGGACUACCAUCAUUUGGCCAACGGUGUCGAAUCCAAAUUGAGAGAUGAUUUGGAAAGAUUAAAGAAGAUUAGAGCCCACAGAGGUAUCAGACAUUUCUGGGGUUUACGUGUUAGAGGUCAACAUACCAAGACCACUGGUAGAAGAAGAGGUUAG